GGGGGGGGUUUCCCAGGUGACUUUGCGAAGGCAUGGCGGGGACACUGGGAAUGUCAGCCCAGAAGGUAAUGAGAGCAUGUUAAUUCAAAUAGAAGACAGAACGGAAGGUAGACAUCAGGUUCUCCCUCGAGACUUUUCGUUUUCAUUUACGCUGCGGAAACUGACGUUUUUGCCUAACACGCCAUGUAAUGUAAACGUAUAGGCUUGAGUACAUGUCCGGCCGCAUGUGUAGUGAACCCUAAAGCUUUCCUAAUUGUAGUUAGCAUCGUCCCUAAGCGGAACGAUUUUCUGUGAACAUGAUUUGUACUUUUCUACGAGCCGUGCAGUAUACGCAGAAGCUGCACAGGUCCUCGGCAAAGCGAUUGCUUUUGCCACACAUCAUGCUUAACAAAGCCUGCUUGAAGACUGAGCCCAGUUUGAGAUAUGGGCUUCAAUAUCAAAAGAAAACGGUGCGACCUAGAUGUAUUCUUGGAGUCACCCAACAAACCAUCUGGACGCAGGGACCGAGCCCCCGAAAAGCAAAGGAGGAUAGCAGCAAACAAGUGUCUGUGCACAGGAGUCAGAGAGGGGGAACCGCCGUCCCAACAUCACAAAAAGUGAAAGAAGCCGGAAGAGAUUUUGCCUAUUUAAUAGUGGUGCUUUUUGGAAUCAGCGUUACAGGUGGCUUGUUUUACACGAUUUUCAAAGAACUUUUUUCUUCAUCCAGUCCUAGCAAGAUAUAUGGGAGAGCCUUAGAAAAAUGCAGAUCACAUCCUGAGGUGAUCGGUGUCUUUGGUGAGUCUGUUAAAGGCUAUGGGGAGGUGACAAGGCGGGGUCGCCGGCAGCAUGUCAGUUUCACUGAAUAUGUUAAAGAUGGGCUGAAACACACGCGUGUGAAAUUCUACAUUGAGGGCUCUGAGCCAGGGAAGCAAGGAACGGUGUAUACGGAAGUGAAAGAGAACCCAGGAAGUGGUGAAUAUGAUUUUCGAUAUAUAUUUGUAGAAAUUGAAUCUUAUCCUAGAAGAACUAUUAUCAUUGAAGAUCAUCGAUCCCAAGAUGAUUAAAAUAAUCAAGCAAGCAGGUUUCUGAUGGAUGUUGAAUGGUGUGGACUCGCUACUCCGUUCUUCACAGCUGCCUUCCAGAAUGUGUUCAAAAGAAAGACAAGAAGGAGUGUAUGGCUUAUAAAGUGAGUCUAAUACAGUAUUUGUUGCAUUUAAACAAACUAGACAUUUUCUUACGGAAAAAUUAUGAAAGACAGCAUAUUAGCAUAUUUUAUGUUCUCCCAUUGACUCAAUCAUGACAAUAUUUCUGCUUUAACACUAUCUUUCAUGAUUAGAGAUGUUUGUUAUUGAAAAUGUUACACCAUGUAAAUAAAGGAAAUAGAUUUUAGUAUUGUAUUCAUUUUAUAAUAUAGAACUGCAUAAUGUCUACAGAAUAAAAUUAAAACUAACAAGUAUGUCAUUAGCAA